AGGACAAAGGAAAGAGCGAUGCCUGCAUUAAGAUUUAAAACUUGUCAUCUACUUUCAGGAAAUGUUUGGAACAGAGAACUUACAAUAAUACAACGCCGUAUUCUCCGAAGAUUGAGGAAUAAGAAGAGAUCUAUUAAGAGAAAGAUUUAUUCUAGAGAAAAUCUUAACAGUUACAUCCAAUCACAAACUACACGAAAGUUGUCCCUUUUUUAUGGAGAUUUACCCAUCACAGAGAUACACAGAGGAAGAGAACGAACUUCAUAUAUCCCUUUUCUACUCAAUCCAGAAACAAGAUCGGACGUUAUCCCGGUUCGUCUCCUUUUUUGUGAAACUAUUCCUCAAGCAAGGCAGCCGAUAAGUCAUCAAAGGGUUUGUGUGAAUAAUGAAAUGGUUAACAUUACUCAUUUUAAACUCUCCCACGGUGAUAUAAUAUCUUUUCAAGAAAAUGAUGCGAGAACCCGCGGUGAAGAAAUAAAGAGAUCCUUCUAUAUCGAA